AUGGAUCAGAAAAAUAAACGCCACAUUGGCAGCGUAUCAAAUAACCGGUUUCUCGUCGGCAUUACCGUCGUCGGAUUAUUUGCCGGCGCAAUAUCCAUCAUCCUUUUCAUCGGCAUUGUCGAAACUCCUCUCUCUUUCUUCUGCAACAAUACCAUGAACUUGCAAGCCAAGAAAUCAAGUACUAGUAUCAAUCCAUCCACGUGGAUGGAGCUCCAAAGGAAGGCCAUCGUUCAUUACGCAACCUCCCGGGUGGUCCCACAACAAUCUCUCAAGGAGAUCCAGAUUUCGUUGCGGGAACUCAAUGCCCGAACCCCAUGCAAUUUCCUGGUGUUCGGACUCGGGCACGACUCCAUCAUGUGGGCCUCGCUCAACCCGGGCGGGUCCACAUUGUUCCUCGAAGAAGAUCCCAAGUGGGUCGACACGGUCCUACGUGGCGCUCCGCAUCUCCGGGCUCACACCGUCAAGUACCGUACUCAGCUGUCGCAGGCCGACGAGCUCCUGGAUCAUUACCGGGCCGAACCGGAGUGUUGGCCCAACAAGUCUUUCAUUCACGGGAACCAGAAAUGUAGGCUCGCGUUGAAUAUGCUGCCGGAGGAAGUGUACGAGAAGGAGUGGGACCUGAUCAUGAUUGAUGCUCCGAGAGGGUAUUUCCCGGAAGCCCCCGGGAGGAUGUCGGCGAUUUACUCGGCGGCCGUCAUGGCGAGGAACCGGAAGGGAUCCGGUGUGACGCACGUGUUCUUGCACGACGUGGACCGGAAGGUGGAGAAAGUUUAUUCCGACAAGUUUUUAUGCCCCAAGUAUUUGAAAGAGUCCGCCGGGAAGCUUCGGCAUUUUGAGAUUCCGGCCGCGAAAAAAUCGGAGGACAAGGAGUUUUGCUAG